AUGGGUUCGGAUGUUGCUGCUAGUAACUUGUUUAUUGUGGCCGACGGCAAUGGUGGAAUGUGGGAUUCGUCGUUACAAGUUCAAUGUUCAGGAAAUUUCAACCCUGACGAAGAUUCCAAGAAAUUCAACCUCGUUGAUCCUGUGGAGAGGAAUACAGUACAAGUACCCUCUGGAGGGUGGGUGGCUAUCAGAUUCACUGCUGACAAUCCAGGAGUCUGGUUUAUGCAUUGCCAUUUAGAAGUGCACACUACAUGGGGACUGAAGAUGGCAUUCUUAGUGGAUAAUGGUAAUGGGCCCAAUGAAUCUCUCCUACCACCACCUAAUGAUCUACCCAAAUGUUGAGAGCCCAAAGCUUCAAGUUUGUACAUUCCAAAAGGUUUUCAUUCGCCAAACAAUAGAGGUGAUGAAGCCUAAAGAAGGAGCCUAAUUCUUUUGCUUAUACUUAGUUGUUUAUCAUGGAUUGUAUGUGUGAUAUAUUUGGUCCGUCAUAUUGAACAAAUUGUUAAUAUUUUAAAUUUGUUUACUACUAGUCAUUUAUGAUCGUUGAUCUCAUGUUUGUCACUUAUGUAUUUAUAAAU